AUGGUGACUGGUUUGCACUGGUACACGGAUCGUAAUUUCACCAUUACUUUGACCUCAGUGCUAAUCAUACUGCCUCUGUCCAUACCCAAAGUGAUCGGCUUCCAGAAAUAUGCCAGAAAUUCGGCUUGGUGGGCAGUCGUUACAGCCAGCAUGAUUAUCUGCCUCUUUGUUUACACAGGCACAGGUGUCUGUGGCUUCCUGUCGUUUGGCUCAAAUGUAAGCCAGGAUGUGUUAAUGGCAUAUCCAUCCAAUGAUAUUGCAGUGGCAAUUGCCCGAGCUUUUAUCAUCAUUUGUGUCACCUCAUAUCCAAUCCUGCACUUCUGUGGAAGGGCAGUGCUGGAAGGUCUAUGGCUGCGUUUUAAAGGAGAGGAGGUGGAGACAGAUGUGGCAAAGGAACGGAGAUGGAGGAUUCUGCAGACACUCGUCUGGUUUUGUCUCACGCUCAUUCUUGCUCUCUUCAUUCCCGAUAUUGGACGAGUUAUUUCACUAAUUGGUGGAUUGGCUGCAUGCUUCAUUUUUGUUUUUCCAGGGUUGUGUUUGAUUCAGGCCAAGCUUUCAGAGCAAUAUGUCAGAUCGGCCAGCUGGAAUGGAAUGGUGGUUUGUGGGGUCAUAAUGGUUACAACUGGCACUUUCAUCUUUACAAAGACAUCAUCAGUCAUCCCAUGUGACCUCAUGCACAUUGGACUUUUGACCAAUAGAGACAAAGUGAGAACAUGGCAGUGAAGACUACGCAAACCAUGUCUACCACUGACCUUUGAAUUUCUUUGUUUGUCAAAUGGACACUCAGAUUGAGCAAUCACACAGAAGUCUAUACCUCUUAAUGUAGGGGAUAACUCACUAGAAAUGCACCAUCAACCCUUCUGCUGUGGCUGUUUUGAAAUGGGAGUCCUCUGCAAAGGACCGUAGACACUAUACAGCUACAGUUUAAAUGGCUACACAUUGUGAUAAUUCCUUGCAUUUUUGUUUAAUCUGAGAUCAUCCAAAAUAUAGUUCCUUUUUUAUAAUUAUUGUUAAGAACCUAAAGUUUUAUAAGGGCCUUAUACACUUGACAGUGCAUUUUGUUCAGUGUUUAUUAUGUUUACCCUUACAAUAUUGUUGAUCAUUUUAUUUAUUGGGGGAGAACUUGCACUGCCAGAUGUAAUUCUGUAGUUUCAAAUAUUGUGUGAAACUACACUCAUACUGGUUUAGACUAGUAAAGGUUGAUAUUCAAACUGUAUUACAGAAUAUACACUGUUGUUAUUUUUGCUACAUUUUCUAAAUGUGAGUGUAGCUGUGUUUAAGAAAUUAUUGUUUAGGUGGUGAGAACAAUUUCUAAUAUUUAUGAAUAAACUGAUACUUGAACUGAAUGUAAU